UCAUGCCAAGUUCCAGCACUCUCCAAGUCAAGAGUGUUCUUCCUGAACAUAUCUUGGUUUGGGAUGAACGUCAUGUACCUCAUUCUAUCUGUUGAAGGUGAGACCUACAGUGACAUCCUGUUACUACUUUAAAUAAUUUGCACGUGCAGCUGCGGUAUUGGUAUUUUGUACAUUGUUUGUGUUAUUGAGCAAGUACAAGGUCAACAUGACUGGAUAAUGGCAACUGGUUAUUCUUGCUGUUUUAUGGAUCAAGAAAACGUCAACAAACAAAAAAGAAACAACCAAAAACAUGGCCACUGUUUAUCCAUCUUACUGAACAAGCUUGGCCAAUAAGGGAUUUAUUUUGUACAUAGCAUGAAAAGUAUUCUUUAUUAUUGAAUCAAAGUGGGAAAUCCCAAGCAGCCAAGGCCCAUCUAACUCUUUCAGGUGGCUAAUCAGAACUCGGGAUUUACUUCAUUUUCCCAGUCAUGUAACUUGCCAUGAGAUCAAUGACAGGUCACUUCUGCUCAUGAAAUUAAGCUAGUCACUAAAGAGGGUACAUGUAUGCCGCCUUAAAGUAGUUUGAGCACUGAACCUGCACCUUUUAAUUGAUCAACCACAGAGAAAGAUGCUUUUGUUUCGUGUUAAUUAUACAUCUAUUUUGUUUUCAUUGUUGUUUCAGUUGUGCCAUCUCAAGUGUAUGCGCUUGUGGGUUCUGAAAAGAAAGGUCAAGUGUUGGGUGGUAUGGUGGCAGCAGGGGCUGGUAAGUUCUUAUUACUAUUAAUUUUUCAGUUUGAUUUCCAUGUAACGGGGUAAACUUUCAGACGGAAUGUCAGAUAAUUAAAUUUUUAUUGGACAGCACAAUCUUUGCUGAACAUACAAUUUUAACAAGAUGAACUUUACAUUCAGUAGACUGAAUCUCAAAUGUGUUUCUACCCCUUAUUUCACUUACCUCCUAAAAAUGUGAGUCAGUUUCCUUUUCCCCAGGAGGGGGGGCGGGGGGGUUGGGGGGCAGGGGUUCGAUUAUCAGAUUGAGACUGCACUUCUUAGGAAUUAAGUGAUAAUCACUGAAGAUAUCUCAGGGUCAUAUACAUGUACUUAUUGAUAACCUUUAAAAACCCAAUUGUUAAGGCCUUGAUGGUAUGCCCUUUAAUCACUGAACUAUUUUUCUUGUUCCUUGAAAGCCCUUGAAGUUUUAUAUGCUUCAUGUUAUAAAUAUACUUUUACAGUGUAUAAUUUAUUUAAUUAUUUUAGUAAAUGGAACUUCUUUAUUCUAGUUACUUUAGUUGCUUUUACAUUUAUUAAUGAAUGUUUUACACAAUGCAUGUUGUGAAGGAUAGUAUUGGGUUUAACUGGCAAAGUAAUGAACAGUGCUGCCCAUUGUUCUUCAUCAUAAUUAUGUUAAUUAACUUUGGAUGCUGAUGAUGACUUAUAUUUUUUCCUUCAGUUGUCACAUUUUUCUUAAGUCCUCUAGUUGGGAUGAAAAGGUAAAUACAAUUGUAAAUUGCUAAAUAAGGAAUUUCAUGACAAAUUUUUUUAAAUUUUUGUCAUCUAAAAUUGUGUUUUUGAUAUUGUGCUAGUUUCGAUAUCUUUUUUUAGUUAGAGCCAUGUUGGGGGUAAAUCAAGGCUCUAUAAAGUCUUGUCUGAUUGUCCGGGACAAAACGAUUUCCUUUUUUACAAGUAAUGUUUUAACCUCACUUCUCUAAUGGGCCAGGUAAGCCAUCUAGCAAUUAAAUCAUUGCUAAGGUCACCAAGCAAUUAUAGCUCUAGUAAGCUUGAGCAAGGAAAACCUGGAGAUUUUAAUUUUCAGCUUUUCAUUUUCAUGCUUCAAAAAAGCUUUAUUAAAACAUUUUUCAAGCCCUGUACAGCCUGUAUAAGGAUGGCCUCUGUUUUGAAAUGUGUUGAAUGUCCCUGUGUCAAAUUAUUGAAAAGGUUACUAAUGUCUUUUACAAAAUCAUGGGAAUAUAAGAGACUCCAAACAUUAACAUUCUUAAUGUAUUCAUUUUUGUUAACACAUGUGUAUAACCUCAUUAAUUUUAUCAACAACAACAUGUUUAGUAAGAGCUACUGGAAAUGUGUGUGAAACCUUUGUUACAGUUAAACUGUCAGUAGUAAUGGAAAGUUGAGUGUCAAUUUGUUUUUGUUUUUGAUAAUGAAGGGUUUUGCCAGACCAUUCAGUUGUUUAUGGGUAUUAUUUUUAGUGGCUCCUCUGUUUCUGUUUGAAAGCAAUGACACAAUGUACUUGUACAGUGCACCUUGUCCCAACUGACCUGAAACAGACGCUAAAUACUGUCUUACAGUAACUGAACAUUAGUUUUCUUUAUUUCUAGUGACCGUCUUGUUUCUCAAUUUGGAAAGCGACGUCCUCUCAUGCUUGGUGGUACUGUGCUACUUUGGUGAGUUGUGUGAUCACUCCUAGACUUCUUAUUUUCUCUUUGGACGGAACAUGUUUUUAUUUGUAAACCUUUAAGGUUAUUUUAAACUGACAACAAAGAUAUUGUUUCAUAAUGUAUGUAAAAUCCAUCAAGAGUGGUUCUGUACUAAGUGUUCAGGGCUGUUUUUAGAUAAGAUCUGUCUUAUUUAGGAUGAAAUGAGCUAUUUUUAUAGAAGUUUGCACCUAAUUUAAGAUGGAGAUAAGUUACGUCAUUUUUCCUCAUAUAAAUGGUCUUACUGUUUCAUACAGUUUGAUUGUCAAAUUAUUUUCUUUGACUCAUUAUGGGUUGGAGAAGGGAAACUGAUGACAUUAUUCAUAAUCAUGAAUAUCAUUAGGGAUAGGAGACAGAGAAAUUAAGAAUGAUGUAGCUUGAAACCAUUUUAACCUUGUCAGUUAAAUUUUAAACUAAUUCUCUAUUUUCCAAUUCCCCAUAAUACACCCUGUUUGCCCCCCAAAUUUUGCAUAAACCAUUGUUUUUAAAUGCUCCUGGGAGUAUUGCAUUUUCCCAAGAGCAUUUUAAGACAAUAAGUUAUGCAAANGAAUAUCAUUAGGGAUAGGAGACAGAGAAAUUAAGAAUGAUGUAGCUUGAAACCAUUUUAACCUUGUCAGUUAAAUUUUAAACUAAUUCUCUAUUUUCCAAUUCCCCAUAAUACACCCUGUUUGCCCCCCAAAUUUUGCAUAAACCAUUGUUUUUAAAUGCUCCUGGGAGUAUUGCAUUUUCCCAAGAGCAUUUUAAGACAAUAAGUUAUGCAAAAUUUGGGGGGCAGACAGAGUGUAUUAUGGGGAAUUGGAAAAUAGUCAAUACAAUGGGGCCUGGUGUGUUUUAUCUUUGCAGUAUAGCUCUGUUUGGCAUGGCAUUCAGUGCCCCAGAUAUUGAAAGGUGGGAAUGGCUCCAUACAGUUUUUCUUUUUAGAGUACUCUUGAUCAAUCAACUCAUCAAUAUGGUUGCUGGUCAUUGAAUUAGCCGGUCAACUACUUUUUUAUGAUAAUAAUAUUAUUAUAGCUGGUAAAUCAGCAGGCCUCAGUCAUGGUCAGUCCUGUUCUCAAACAAUGAGUUAAGUAAUCCUUCUUCACAUCUCGGACUUUGUCCUACACUAAUUACAUAAUUUGUGUGACAUGAAAAUUGUACCUUAUCUUAAUCAAUCAGUAAAUUGUCUCGUCUAUCAGUCUGUCAAUCAAUUUUUAAUCUCAACUAGUCAGUCAGUCAGGCAAUAGCUUAAUUUUUCAGGCGGUGGUCUAUCCGAUCUUGUUAGUCAGCUGACAAACUAUGUAAAUGAUACAGUGUAUUAUUUUAUUGUGGUUUAAAUACAUGUAUGAAUUAAAGCAAAACAAAAUUUAAACCAAGUGCAAACUUGAACGAGAACAUUAUAUUAUACUGUACAUACAAGUACCAGUAGACAGUAUUAAUGGUGCAAAAAUAAGAUAUCAAUAAUCAAUAUUUAUUUCAACUUGAACUAGCUGAUUGCUCUUUUUGUUUUGAUUGCAGUGACAUAUCAAAUGUAACAGUAAGUUCAUUAUGAUUUAGUUAUUUGUUUAGAUUUUGUUUAUUGUUAUCCCAGUACCAUCAAAACCCUUAUUGUCAGUUACUUUGCUGUUGUUUUGUUGGUUCAGAAGUGUUUUUUCUGUCUUGUGCCCACAGUGAAGAGAUUUUAUAGAUCUUUUUAUGAUUGUGAUGUCUUUCUUCCAUCAGUGUUCCAUAGACUUAAGGCUGCGGCGAUGUAUUCCUUAUUUUAACCUGUCAGUCUUAGAGAAGCAAGAAGAUAACAUGACAAGUGAAUCUGAUGAAAGCUUCCUACUUAGUAUACUCAUGCAGAAAGAAGAUUCACGAGGAAAUAUAGGUUUGUGUUGACUACAUUUCCUUGCUCUAUGCAAUUUACUGGCAGUUUAAUACACAGAGGCACUAACUUGUGAUCAUAAGUCAAAAGCAGAACUUACAGUGUACAUCAAACUAAUACUAAAAGACUGAAAGUAACUAUAGGUAUCUCAGAGGCACCCAAUGACCUUUUUUGUUUUAAAAUACAUGUUACAGGUGUAACUGUUUGAAGGAGCAAAAAGUACCAAUUAAAAGUCUGCUUGGAGAGGUUCAACUGUAAUGAAUUUUGUUUGCACCACAAAAUUUCUUUCUCAAAAACUCCAAAUCAAUUAAUAAUAUUUUUCAGAGUAUGUCGAUUGACUAGUAAUUAACCCUGAAAGUAAGGAAGUUACAUUCUUUAUUGGAGGUUUGAUUUAUUUUAAAUCCUUGUUGUUAAGGGUAAGAUUCCUGUGAGUUAUACAUAUGUAGAAGCUGUGGAAAUGUUUGUUGGUUAGUGAGAAGACAGAGGUAUUCAUGGUGGCAACAAGGGAUAAUAAGGGGUACUAAGCAUCAAUUUAAUCUGGAAAUUUCAGAGUCAUGUAUGGGUUUUUUAUGAGUAGCAAAGUCUCGUGUGUUUCUUUCCACUUUGGAUUUGGAGACAUUUUUGGUACAAGUUUGUUUCCCAGUUUCUGAACAAGGUCUUGGUGAGGGUUACAACUUGGUGUUACCGAGCAUGAGUUUAUGGUAAUUAGUAUAUGCAUAUAUCAUGGUUUACAGAUAAUUAUUAGCAUAUACUAAUUAGAAUAAAUUCAUACUCCGUAACACCAAGUAAUAACCUUGGUGAGCAUCUCAGUGAGUCUUAGCCUCUAACAGUGAGGGUAUGAUGAUAGUGUAACUAUCAAAAAAAAACACUAUAAGUCGCUUAUCAAUUACUGUUGUUGUGUAUGUUGUAAAUAAAUAGAAGUCAAUUUCCUUUUCCAUAGGUCUGUACAUAGCUUUUUAUCUGUGUGUUAUGGCAUGUUAUUCCAUUAUGAGCGUGCCAUAUAAUGGAUUAAUAGCUGAUUUGACACCUUCAUUUCAAAGAGGUAAGUUGUACACAUACCGUGUGGCAAUGACUUAGAACUGUUUGGUCAUUUUUAAUCUGUUAUUUAGUAGGGGUUGCUAUCAACUCUCAGAAAAAAUUUUUUAGAAACUUUCGAUACAAAUAAAUAAUAUUACUUAUAACUAGAUAAAGAAUAAAUUUGAAUUGAAAUAAAAUUAAAUGCUUUUAACCUAAUAGAUGCAUUUAUGUUCUCUGAUACUGUAGUUGUUUAAUAUGGAAAAAUGGUUAACUGUAUGUACAUGUAUGAAUAAAUGAUGUCAAAAGUUAAUGAACUUUAGUAAAUCACCGCUAUUGUUAUUCAUCCAAAAAUUUAAUGUGAGUAUUACAGUGUUCUUGACCUGACUACUGGAGUUUGCACAUUGUGCAAAACCCUGCUAAUAUAAAAGAGAGAAAAAUACUGCAUAAAUAAUAAUGAUGAAAGAAAAAUACAGUGUCGCUAUAAUAAUAUAUGAAAGUGAUUUUUCAACAAAGUUGACAAGCAACAACCUACACCACGGAGUUUAAAGUGAAGUUAGUUUUUGGAAACAUUUACUAAAAUCAAGUUUUAAAGAGAAUAUAAUUAAAAACACCAAUACUCUGACCCGUACUUGACUUUUGAGUUACUUUUGUAGUGAUAAUGCCUUUUAAAUGUAAAUUAAAAACAAUUCUUAUAAAUUGAACUUAAAACAAUAAUCACAGGCUUUAGUUCCGGUGUUAUGGGGGCCAUGACAUUAGUUGGAAAUGUUACUGGAGCACUCAUUGGGUUUUUCUUUCCGGUGAGUAUUUACUUNGAAAGUGAUUUUUCAACAAAGUUGACAAGCAACAACCUACACCACAGAGUUUAAAGUGAAGUUAGUUUUUGGAAACAUUUACUAAAACCAAGUUUUAAAGAGAAUAUAAUUAAAAACACCAAUACUCUGACCCGUACUUGACUUUUGAGUUACUUUUGUAGUGAUAAUGCCUUUUAAAUGUAAAUUAAAAACAAUUCUUAUAAAUUGAACUUAAAACAAUAAUCACAGGCUUUAGUUCCGGUGUGAUGGGGGCCAUGACAUUAGUUGGAAAUGUUACUGGAGCACUCAUUGGGUUUUUCUUUCCGGUGAGUAUUUACUUUGCACAACUAAUCAAUCUAUCACAAAACAACAAGAUUGAAUGUGAAUUGCUAUAUAAUUCCUUCUGAAAGAUGGAUUAAUAUUUGCUGAUAAUAAUGUAGCUAUAAAGAAGACAAAGUGAUAAUCCCAAACUUUAAAAUAGUUCAUUAUAUUUUCGCACAAUUGGAAGACUGGUAAACAUUUAAACUAUUUCUAAUUGAAUUAUAACUGAUAUGAAACGUUUUUAAAACAGAGAAGUGAGUUACUUUCAUUGUUGAGAGUGUCCAUACUGCAUGAAGUUUCAACCUCAGCGGAUUCUAGACUAAAACUUUUGAGAUCUAAUUGAUGAAUCUUUUCCAACUCAGGAGGAACCGUAAAAUUUUGACAUCAUUCUGAGAUCUAUAACUAAGAGUGUAAACAAUGCGAUAAUCAUUUCAAAAUAACGCUGAACUUUCUGAAUGCCCAAUUCAGGUGAAGUUUUUUGGCAAUUUGCUCAUACGUGAAAAUAAAUACACAUAACGGUGAAAUAUUGGAGUUGAUUCAUUAAUUUUUUAUUAAAAAUGCUAUUAAAGAAGUAAUUUAUCAAGCUUUCCACACAUAUUGAAAGAGAUUGAUUAACCCUUUAAGUCCCAAUAGUGACCAAGAUCAAUUUUCUCUUAACGAUAUCCAUACAUUGUCAAGAGAUUUGAUCAUGAGAAUUAAUAAAAUGAUCACCUACUGUUUUUUCUUUGAUCUUUUAUCAAAUUCUCUCAACUCAUUCUUUAAGGAAAUAUAUAAAGAUCAGUUUGGAGAAUUUGUAUGUGGAUAUUAGGGCUUAAAGGGUUAAGUGUGGGUUUGCACCCAACUGGGCACAGAGUGUAGUGGUACCUUGCAACCUUGUCUCCAGGGUUUUUUUCUGUUAUAAAAUUGGAUGCUCCCAGUUUGUAAGGGAAUGCCCUGGGAAUGAGUGAAUCAUGAAACUAUUUACACCUCGACUGAGUCAACUUGUAUUUAAACGACUUUGUAUCAAAACGACCAAUACCCCGUACUUUAGACUAGUUUCAAUGCAGUAAUGGAAUAAAACGAAAGAAUCAUCCUGAAAUUCAGGGAUAAAAAAUCCAUUUAAUUUGUUUCACUAGUACUUGUUCAUGACUUGGAGGCAAGUAUGAAUGUCGGUCUAAAACGACAUGACUUACCCGACGUCUUUCUCUUUCACCCUGUUUUAGAAAAUUGGAAUUGUGGGUACAUACUCACUGGUGGCUGUGCUGUACUUUAUAUGCGUGUUCCUCACAGUGGUGUCAUGUCCUGAGCCCCCCAUAAAUGUGACCCAUAAGCCCAUUGGUGAGUAAUGGAGUGUUAUUGUACAGUGCACAACAUGUAUCAAAUCUGGCUUUGUUUCACUUGACGUGAAAUUAAAUGUCAAUUGGUGUCACUUCUGUUAUUACACAUUGGUAAUUCGACUAGAGACAGGAAUCCAUAAAAGUGGAUAUGAGGUGCAUUAAGUAACCAAUUUCUUCACUAUGUGCUUUAAAGAUCAUAAAUAUCAUGCUUUCUCUUAGGGUGAGAAGUUACUAUCAGGCCUGCAAGUAUUUUUUUUCCUGAAAAAGGACAAGAUGUCUUGAAAAGGACAGAUAUCUGAUGAGGUCACCAUUUAACUUUGACAAACCAGAAGAGUUGUUGGACAUACAUUAUGUUGACUUUUUAUUUUUGUUAUUGGUUUGAAAAUCUUCAGCUACAAAGUAAUGUGAUAGUCUUAAGUACCUGAUCUGUCCAGGAUACAUGUAUUUGUAGUUCUGACUUUAACUAAAUUUGCUGUGUUUUUUGCAUUAAUUUCUCGCAUAUGUGCAUAGAUGUGCCGAUUUGUUUUUUCACUUUUACUUCGUAAUACAGAAGUGUACAAAAAGUAAAAUGUAAAUGUUGUUUUUUUAUAGGGUUGAAGACUGUAUUUUUAGCUUACUGGGAGCCACUGAAAGGUGAGUGAAAACAAAAUAUAACGUGAGCAGUUUGCAAUCAUGUGUAUGUGUGAUAUAUUCUAAUAUGCUCUUUUUUGUUGUUGUUUUUCAACAGAGAGAGAUUUUAGAUGGGUGUUUCUCACCAGAUUUCUCAUGCAGCAAGGUGUUGCUACAGUAACUGGGUAA